AUGGAUGCUCUAACACCAACACAUGCCAAAUCUGCGGAUGAAGCUCUCCAAUGGGAGCAGACCUUUGAUAUAGAGCUAUCGAAUGAUGACACUUUGGACUACCAACUCAGUCCUCCGGUAUUUCUAAACACGGCCGAAGCACACAAAUAUUCUCCCAGGGACCUCGUAACGGAAAGGGAGCUUCUAGCUGGUCGGUUCUACUUGCAAGUACGCUGCCAGCGACCGAAAUUUGGCGUUUAUCAGGACCGCCCUGCUUGCCUGAUAAUCCUAGACCAUGCUUUUCAAAAUGCAAAUACUAAAUCGCGCUUCAAAUCAGCCCAAAUCAGCAUCUUCUUCGAAGAUGCGAGUGUCAUAUAUCUCGACCCUAACGACGAUGAUAACGACGACGCAUUCGAAGCUGCACGCCCCCACCGACCAAAAGUCCUCGAAUUCCAGCCAAUGAACUACAUGCGCCACGCCCCCAGCACCCCCACUGCCAAAGGCUCCAUCACAGCUACUCUUGGUAUCUCGUCCGCAGGCCUCGUCCCUGGCAUUCCUGUCCCGGAACUAAGCGCCGAGGUUGAAGCAAAGAGACCCUUUGUAAAAGAAGGUUUCCAUAGCAUCACUGGCGUCACCAAGGGCGCUUCACAAAACCUACUCUCAUUUGCUCUUGCGGAAAACACUCUUAGCAAAAGCGGUGUGAUUCCUCGCCUCUCGACACCGGUUAUUGUGAGUUACACACCUGGCAGGAAGUUUGCUGCUAGAGUGAAGGUACAGGCAGUUUUGGAAGGGAGAUUCACAGGGUUAGUGCAAGGAAAGAAGGAUGACCCGUUGAUGUUUGGGUCUUUGUUGAGUAUGCCGGAAGAGAGGGUGGACCUGAAGAAAGAAAGUCUCAAGGAGCUUUUUCAUUGGGUAAAUAGGGGCGAUGGCAUGGAGAGGCGGAUAUUUGUGUACUUACAUACCGCACUCCGGCUUAUAUCGCACCAUCCUACAUCAGGCACUGGUAAGAUAUAG